UUUCCCUUUUGCAAAAUUUACCCCCCCCCCCCCCCCCCAAAAAAAAAAAAACCCACAGCUAAUCAUCUUCGAAUUCUAGUUGAAUUUAUCUUCGAUCCAAGUACGUGCCGGCUUUUGCCAUCCGAUGCAUUGUUUGUCGCUCUGAUUUGAGUUUAAUCGGAGUCGGAGAAUGAAUUCCGGCCAACUUAUUUUUUAUUUUAUGCUCUGAUCGUUCAAUCAUGUGGUUUUCCUUUUGGAGAUCUAGAGAUCGAUUCUCCUUGGAUGAACUCAGAUAUUUAACUGAUCAGCUUCAAAAAGUUCAAGUUAUAAAUGACGUUAAUAAGGAUUUUGUGAUUGAGGCACUGAGAUCAAUAGCAGAGUUGAUGACUUACGGUGAUCAGCAUGACUCAAACUAUUUUGAAUAUUUUAUGGAGAAGCAAGUCAUGGGGGAGUUUGUACGAAUUUUAAAGAUCUGCAGAUCAGUGAUCGUUUCACUUCAGUUGUUGCAGACACUCAGCAUUAUGAUUCAGAAUCUAAAAAGUGAACAUGCCAUAUACUACAUGUUCAGUAAUGAACACCUUAACUUCUUAAUUACUUAUGCAUUUGAUUUUCACAAUGAAGAGCUGUUGUCUUACUACAUUUCAUUCUUAAGGGCAAUAAGUGGAAAGCUGAACAGGAACACUAUUUCUCUGCUUGUAAAGACUCAAAAUGGAGAAGUAGUCUCUUUUCCACUGUAUGUUGAAGCAAUACGGUUUGCUUUUCAUGAAGAAAAUAUGAUUCGCACUGCAGUACGUGCUUUGACUUUAAAUAUUUAUCAUGUUGGAGAUGAAUCUGUAAACAGAUUUGUUGCCAAGGCCCCUCAAGCUGAUUAUUUUUUAAAUCUGGUGACAUUUUUUCGGAAGCAGUGCAUUGAUCUGAAUGUAUUAGUCUCUGAAGUUCUAAGAACCUCAGACGCAGAUGGAACCAAUGCAGUUGUUGCUGCUGUGGAUGAAAUUGAGGACAACCUCUACUAUUUUAGUGAUGUUAUUUCUGCUGGGAUUCCUGAUGUCAUAACAGACAACAUGUUGCAAUUUUUGAUUAUUCCCUUUCUUCUUCCAUCUUUACGGCUGGAUGCUGUUAAUGAACAGCUUGGUGCUAUCACUUCUCUAUAUCUACUUUGUUGCAUCUUACGGAUUGUUAAAAUAAAGGAUUUGGCAAAUACCAUUGCUGCUGCUCUCUUCUGUCCCCUAGAGGUCUUCAGUCAAAAAUCUGAAGCUAAGCUCAAUGGUCAUGUGUCCGAACGUAAUUAUAUGAAUGACAUCCAACAAUCAGAAAGAGAUAAUGUGAAAGAGGUUGAUGCUCGUCUAAAAGUGUCUUUGCCGAGCUUGGCUGGUUGUUCACAAGUUCAUCCUGAGGAUGUUAUCUCACAAAAUGAUUGUGGUUGCUCACAUGGGCCUUUGAGGGAUGCCUUACUUUCUUACAUUACAAGUGGCAAUGAUCUACAAGUUCUGGGUUCCUUGAGUGUGAUGGCUACACUAUUGCAAACAAAAGAGUUAGAUGAAACAAUGCUAGAUGCUCUUGGUAUUCUGCCUCAACGCAAGCAGCAUAAGAAACUGUUGCUGCAAGCAUUAGUUGGUGAGGGUUCAGGUGAAGAUCAACUUUUUGCUUCAGAAUUUGGCCCUAGAAGAGAGACUUUUAGUAGUGAUCUUGAUGUCUAUCUACAAAAAUUGAAGGAGCAGUUUGGGGUGGUGUGCUAUUUCCCGGAGGUGGGAACAAGUCCUCGUGUUCAUAGAUUUCAGGUUCUUGAUGCAUUGGUCGGUCUAUUUUGCCGGUCAGAUAUAUCUGCAGAGAUAUUGUGGGAUGGUGGUUGGCUUUUGCGUCAGCUACUUCCUUAUAGUAAGGCAGAGUUCAAUAAUCGGCAUCUGAAAUUGCUGAAGGAUUCAUACAACAAUUGCACUUGUGCUCUUUUAGAGGAGACCAGAGGUAUCUGGCCUGACCUACUGGAGACAGUCCUGUGUGAUGAAUGGAAAAAAUGCAAAAGAGCUAUUGAAGCUUCAUCUCCUCGGAAAGAACCAAAAUGCAUACUCUUGCCAUUGCAGAAGUCUUCUUAUGAUGAUUCUAUUCCUAGUGAGUCAUCAGUGUUUGCUGGUGAAAGCAUGUGCGAGUUAGUGAAGGUGUUUGUGCUUCUUCAUCAACUUCAAAUUUUCUCACUUGGUAGGGCUUUGCCUGAGCAGCCACCUACAUAUCUUCCAACUGAUUCUCCUGAAAGCUCCCGUGCAAGCACUGCUGGCUUGGAGGGUUCAGGCCCAAAACCUGGUGUUGAAUUGAGACUUGUUGAUGCCGUGCCUUGUCGGAUUGCUUUUGAGAGGGGCAAAGAACGCCAUUUUUGCUUUCUAGCAAUCUCUUUGGGCACAUCUGGGUGGAUCCUCCUCUUAGAAGAAUUACCUCUGAAGCAGCAUUACGGAGUUGUCCGUGUUGUCGCCCCUUUGGCUGGUUGCAAUCCUAGAAUUGAUGACAAGCAUUCUAGAUGGUUACACCUGCGUAUCCGUCCAUCCUCUCUACCCUUUGUUGAUUCUGCUAAAUCUGUUACCUUAAGAAAGACGAAGGCAAAAGCUUUGGUUGAUGGGAGAUGGACCCUAGCAUUUAGGAAUGAGGAAUCUUGCAAGACUGCUUUGUCUAUGAUUCUCGAAGAGAUUAAUCUACAAAGCAGUGAGGUUGAGAGAAGGCUAAGACCUUUACUUGAUUUUCAGGGAGAUGUAGAUGAUCUCUUUAACCAUUCUGAGGCCUUGUCUACCAAUUCAACACCUUCCAAUUCAUUGUAAGUUUGCAAUUGGCUUGAGUUUUCGAAUAAUUUGUUGCUAUAUGCUUGGGGUGAGAAUAUUUUGUCUGCUCACCCUUCUGUAUAUGUUUAUAAGGAAUUAUUAGGUAUAUCCAAAAUGUAGAUUAGAACCCAACUUAGUGCCAUUCUUUGUACUGUAGCUUCUUUUGCUGUGAUUUGUUAGUUUAGUGGGGGUUUCCAAUGAUUUUUUAGUUCUAACCCUAGGCUUUGUUUUUUCAUUGUUAUAAUUUUGUAAUCUCAAACCUUUGUAACAUAAGUGUAUAUUUGAGCCAAGUUCAUAGUAAAAGCUUUUGUACACUGCCUCAUAAAA